UUUAACAGAGAUCUUCGUCAACCUCUGUCUCAAAUACGCGUAAGUCUUGCUGUGGCUUUAGGAGCUGGACAAAUAUGUUUUUUCGCUGGUAUAAAUGCCACAGAGAUCAAGGUAGGUUGUUCUUUCCAUUAUUUAAAUGAAAUUAAAGAUAUUAUGAUCGAACAAAGCAUUGAAAUGACAUAGAUUCUGCUGUUUCCUUUAUGUAUCUGUGCAGGCUGUGUGUGUCAUAGUAGCAGCUAUUAUGCAGUAUUUUCUGAUGGCCGCUUUCUGUUGGAUGCUGGUCGAGGGAAUUUAUCUCUACCUGUCUGUUGUAAAAGUUUAUAACAUCAACGACAAGAUGCGCAUAUAUCACGUCAUGUCAUGGGGUAUUUUGCUUAUACAGCUGAACUUACAAUAUACUGUGAAUUUUAUUUUUGGCUAGUUUAAUUUUAAUCAUUUUGAGUCACCUUGAUUGGUUUGUCAUUUCCUGAUAGGUUUUCCCUUAGUUAUGGUGGCCAUUUCGCUGUAUAUCGCUGCUGGAAAAGAAGGGAUACGGGGUUAUACCAGCGACAAAUUGUAAGAGGCGUAUGUUUUUUUCUCUUUUUUCUCCUCUAUUUUUUCUCCCCUUAAAAUAUUAAUUUUUUUCGGUGAAGCUUUGAUGUUUCUUUUAAUUUGCUUUGACAUUUUCAUUAACUUUAUCUCAAAGUCCUUCUAGUAACAUUUAUUAUUUCGGGAAAGCUUUCUCACAUCGGUUUCUUUCUUUAUGCAAGGUUUCUGUAAUUUAAUCCUUGUGUUUCCUUAUUCCCUUUUUUUUCUCCAAAAUCUUCCCUUGUGAUCUGUGCCUUAUCAUGUUAUCAUCAUAUUAUUGAACAUCUUAAAAUGCAUUUUUUAACAUAAUAUAAACAACGGUGUUAUGCAAGAAUCUCAGUCCUGAGAAAAGCCUUAACAACAAAUGUGAACAAGUAUCAUUAUUUUUUCAUGUCACUCGCCUUUUGCACCACUCGGCCAGGUUGAUGAAUGAACUGCGAAGCCUUCACCACUCUCAAUCAGUCAAUAAUUAUUUUGUUUAUAUAAUAAAAAAUAAUACCUGGUUACGUUCAGAUAUGAAAUUACUCUUCUCGUGUUCAACUCGAGACCUCACUCGUGAGAUAUCGAGUUAAACACUCGAAGAGAAAUUUCAUAUCUUCGGGCGCCCAUGCAUUUUUCGCUACGUAAUUUCUUACGAAUUCCUUUCACUGCAGAUCUUAUGCUGACAAUUUUUUUUUCUCUUUGUUAUCUUUCCCCUUUUAAGUUGUUGGAUAUCCUCAGCGAACAAUUUGAUAUGGAUAUUUGUCACAUUUGUGAUUACAAUUGAAGUGGUAAGUUUCUGAUUCGGUUUAUUCAUAUCGGUGAUUCUGAUAUAUGACUUGAAAUGUGUAAUAGCCAUGCCUCAAGACAAACUUUUAAUUCAUCUCCUCUUCUUUCAGAUCAACAUUUUGAUACUCACACGCGUCAUAAGGGAGAUGACCAGAAUGCAGCAAACAGGAGACAAGCAAAGUCAGCAAUUACGGUGAAAAAGAGCUCUAAAGAGCGUUUAAAAAAAAAAAAAAAAGGAGUACGUCUUACUCCCUCAGUAGCUUGUUGAUAUUAAUUAGUUAAGAGAAAGUAUAGGUUCCAAAAAUUUUUGUGAGGUUCAGUAAGCAAUCAAUUAACCAGCAAAUUUUCGUCCUACAGAGUUGGCAUUAGAGCAUGUGUUGUGAUGAUCCCCCUGUUGGGUGUCACGUGGUUGUUUGGUCUUCUGUCGCCAUUACACAAAGCUUUUUCCUACAUUUUUACCAUCCUCAACUCUACUCAAGUGAGUAUCAAAUAUUAUGAUUUUAUAGUUUCAUACGUGAAAUCAUCCAUAUUGAGUGUCCAGAUUACUUUAUAACUAUAAAUUUUAUGAUGGUGAUAGAAUAUUUGUUAGUGUAAAACAGACAAAAGAGAAUAACAAUUAAAAGAUAACAAAAAAGGAUGUCACUGUUUAUGUAAUUUUUUGCUAGUCAAGACAUAAUUUGAUUCUUUUUGAUGCUAUUUGGGGCUUUUAGAGAAAAAAAACCUCGAUAUAUUUACCCCUGGUCGCAAUCACAAAACGAAAUUGGUCUGAAAAACAUUUUUUUUCCGUCUAAGGGUUUCCUGAUUUUCGUCCUUCACUGUGUGCGAAACAGCCAGGUAAGUUUUAAAACUUGAGGUUUUAAAACUUGAAUGUACCUUGAAUGUGGUUCUUUUUCUUACUUUCCAUGUCUAUCGAUGCCUUUAUUUGUUUACUUUGCUUGUCUAUCUGCAGAUUAGAGAGCGAUUCAAGCGGAAGGUGAACACGGUUUUCCCAUCUACAAACAAUGGAAACUCCACAAAGAAGAGCUCACAGGUUAAUCCAAGUGGUGUCGGUGAUACAUGGGUAGCUGAAUUGCAGUCUUUCGAUGAAUUUGAGCUGGAAAAACACUCCGCUUGA